UUUCAAUGUUUUAAAGGCGUAUCCUUACAGAGGGCAAAAUGUACUCAACGUAUCCAACACAGAUAUUUUUUUUCAGUAUGGACAGUUAGUAUAAUUGUGAAACGGAAACAGUAGUGACUCACAAAUGUGCGCCGGUCAUUCUGUCGCCAGAAUGGCUAAAGCACGGGGUCAGCGUAAAUUGUGUCUAUUUCUGUCUCACUCACAUGGCCACAGUAAACAAGAGGUUCUGUCUUAAUUGAAAUAUUGCAAGUGCUGAGUCUGAAGGACUUUUAAAGGUUUUAAAGACCUCCUCUGGCAACCUCACAGGGGGAAAAAAAAUCAACUAGGGAACCACAGUACAAUCGUGCCAGUAUCUAAAUACGAACAUGGGUACAUUCUGCAGAGGGUUGUGGGGAGGAAAUGUUGAAAUGUGAUGUAAAAAGAUAAGUUGAAGGGAGAGAUGAAAAGGAGGAACCUCAGCAAGCCUACUGUAAUGUAAUCUGAUAGUAAGGGCAGAGUUUAAAAUCAGCUAUCUUCUCUUGCCUGCACAUUCCUUCCCCCUAUGCCUGGCAGAAAGCAGCUUACUGUACUGUAGCUGGAGGCAGUCUAUGUCUAUGAAGCUGCACUGCAGAGCAGGGAAGGACACAGCCAGGUUACUUGUGUGAUCCACUCCACAGCUUCAGGGCAGCCCAGGCUUCUGCUUACUAUUGUACAGGCAAAAAAAUGUGAGGGCUUUAUGUGGGAAGCCCUGAGUAGGGAAGCGAUUUACAUUACCCAAACUAGAAGGCAGGCAGAACUCCUUGUCAGCAGACAGUGCUUUGGGGUUGGUUCACAUGCCAGUCACGUCUACCCUUUGGAACAGAGAACAGCAACACCGGGGCUUCAUCAAGUGAUGAGAACAGACGUCAAACUGCCCUAUGAAUAUUGAUGUGGAGGCUAGUCUGCUUUCGUAGAGGAGCAGAAGGAAGCAAGAUGGCUGCCCUUUAGGAUUUGUUAGAAAGGAGCCCAGACUCUGUAUGCUGGAUUUCUACAAGGCUGAGGGACGUUAAGAUACGUUUACAGGUCAGUCUUGUGGAUGGCCCGGGAGCAGGCCAGAUGGAAGAGGACAGAACCAACCAUGACGAGGGCAAUAGAUUGAGUCCAACCCUAUUAUAUUCUUCGUCAGCUUGCCAAAACAAGAACGGUCUAUUACAAAAUGGGAACCUGCCAACAGACAAAGACCUUCUAGUUAAUGGGGACAUAUGUUUACCAACCAAAAACAACUAUAAUGUUGCUUACAUGAAGGGAAGUCAAGAACAUGGUGCUUCUGCUCUCAUCCAUGACAACAAAGCUUAUCCCAACCACAUACAAAAUGGUGGAAUAAAGCGCACAUAUAGUGAACCGUUGUUUUCUGAAUCCCAGUUGAAAAAGGUCAGAACAGAUGAGAUUAAUGGAGAAAAUAAGGGUGACCAAAGGCAAAAUAAUAUUCAAGCAAGUGUCUCUGAGUUCUGCAAUGAAGAUCAGUCAGUAAGAAUUUUCCAACCAGUUAAUUCACCAGCUCUUCAGGUUCCAAAUGAGCAGAAGAAAGACCUUAAUUACAGCAACAGAGACAUUGUCUCAUGUCUUAAAGACAAGACAGUGCCAAUGUGUAAUGGUGCUACUGCUUCUGUAUCUUCCAUGGAAAACGUGAAUAAUGAGCUCCUGGAAAAACUGCCUUCUCAAUAUUAUCCUGAACAUGUUUCUACUGUGGUGCAUAAUAACACAUCUCUUGCAAAUGCCAUUAAUACGCUAAAUGAUGCUAGCAAUGAUUUGUCUACUCUGGCAACUCAUCCGUCACAUACCUCAGGGCAGAUGACUCCUCAACAAACUUCGGUGCUGCCUCAAGUGUCAGGUGCAAUUGUUGAUGGGGCCCCCAAUAGUGACCAUGGUAGUGAGCCACUUGUAUUACCAGGAAGCUAUUCACUUAAUAGACAAGAACAGAAGCCACUUUCACAGGAAACUCUUAAUUAUAAUUCCCAUAAUUUAGUUGGAAGCAUGGGUGAUGCAUGCAAAUCCAUGGGCCAGAUGUCAGCACAAUGUCUAGAUGUUUCUGGUAAUGGUUCAUUUCAUAUCCAAAAUAGCUCAUCAAAUGAGAUAGCUUCUGAAUUAGAGGCCAUCAAGAAAGAUCCAGCACCAUCACUGCAAUUACAUCAUAUUAUGCCCAACAAGCAAAAUGAGUCCAGUAUAAGUCAAUCACAUGAUGGGCAUCCAAUUGCAUCACAAACUAAUGAAUCUUGCCAUUCACAUGAUCCAAGAGUAUCUCCACAUCCUAAUGAUCAACAGUUACAAAAUGAAAGAACGGCCAUGUUUCCUCUCACCAGAUUACCUGCACUACACAGUUCGGUUAAUGAAAUUCUAGCAAAACACAAGUUUCACAACAGUUUAGAGAUGCAAAAUGAGCAUCUCAGGCAAAUCAAAGUCAUGCAGAAUUGCAAUGGGACAAGUAAAGAUGAUUCUUUCAUUAAGUCUACAAAAGAAUUUCAAUCCAAUCCUUUUUUAAAAUCAGGCUGGUUAGAACUUCGCCCUAAUCAGCGCCUAAAAGAAGGAUCUUCUGAAACUUCUUGUGAAAAUUUACUGAACUUACUUCUCCAGUCCCAGACUAAUAACAAGAAAAAGCUAAGACAAUACCCUGGAAAACAAGGUUUAGCAAAUAGAAAGUGUAACAGUCAAGAUAGUGAAGAACAUCUGCAGCCAAAUAUUUCUGAGCAGCAGCCAAAUUUCCCAAAGCACUUAUCACAAGAUUCUCAAUACCAGCCAUACAGUCAAAAAACUAAUAAUGGUCUGAUGUGGCCUGAUCUUGAACAAGCUUCUGAGGGCACUCAGUUAGGUGAUGUCCAACAUUUUUUGCAAGCACAGCCAAGUGAAUAUAUUGAAGAGCUGUUAAAACAACAUUUUGAUCAGUCACUCCGUAACUGUAACCAAAAUAGGGACAGUCCUCUUAACCACUUUAAACUUGAAGAAGGUGCUCAGGCAGCUAAUCAGUAUCAAAAACACCAUCCAUAUCCUCAGCAAUUUGAGAUGGAACCUAAGCAAAGUUUAAGCAACAUGAAUUCCCCCUUCAGUCAAAUUCAAGAAAAUAAUACAGUUAACCCUAACCAUUCCUAUCCUGACAAACAAAUAUAUCUGUCACAAAAAACAGAAAAUAGCUGUGGUUUUGCAGAGAACAAACCUGACCCUUUGCAAUACAUGCAGUAUUAUCAAGCAAAUAGUACUGAGCAACAAGAAAUAAGCAAUUAUGAGCAUGAUCUUUCGGCCCGAAUAGCAAAGCAGACACAUUGCCUGCCAGAGAGCUUUAGUUCAUCCCCACAUUUGCAUGAUAAAAUGGGAUAUUAUUCUCAAUUUGAAAACCAGGUUGACUGUAUUCCAAAGCAUGCUGCUCUUAGGAAUCACUUGCUGCAACGAAGUAGAUCAGUUAAAGCUGAUAGAUUGGUUAAAGCUGAGAAGAGUUCCCACUCUAAUGCCUGCAUGCAUACACCUAUGGAAAGCAAAACUAAAAAAAACACAGAUAAAAAAAUCAAACAAGAAACUCGCCAUUCAAGCACAGAGGCUGGACAACAAAAGAGUAUUAUUGAAACAAUGGAACAGCAGAUGAGACAUUAUCCUGGUAAAUCAUCGUUUCAUCGUCAAGUAUCAAGUAUCAAAUCUCCCAAGCAUGUGAAGGUGGAGUCUUCAGGGCCUGUCACAGUCCUAACUACACACACUAAUUUUUCUACACUAGACCAACAAACUGUUCCUCCGCAUGAGAAAACACCAACCAAAAGAGCAGCAGGUUCUGCUCUACAUAACUUUAUAGAAUCACCCUCAAAUCUACUCAGUACACCAGUAAAAAAUCUUUUGGACACACCUAUAAAAACGCAGUAUGAUUUUCCAUCAUGCAGUUGUGUAGAUCAAAUAAUUGAAAAAGAUGAAGGACCUUAUUAUACACAUCUUGGUGCUGGACCCAACGUGGCAGCUAUCAGAGAAAUGAUGGAAGAAAGGUUUGGCCAAAAGGGGAAUGCCAUCAGAAUUGAGAGGGUUGUUUAUACAGGAAAAGAAGGCAAAAGUGCUCAGGGAUGUCCUAUUGCUAAAUGGGUGAUUCGGCGUAGUGGGACAGAUGAGAAAAUGCUGUGUUUGGUGAGGGAACGUGCUGGUCACUCCUGCGAAACAGCAGUGAUUGUCAUUCUGAUCUUGGUUUGGGAAGGCAUUUCAUUCUCUUUGGCAGACAGGCUUUACUCAGAGCUCACAGAAACGCUAAAUAAGUAUGGAACCUUAACAAACCGACGCUGUGCACGUAACGAAGAACGUACCUGUGCAUGCCAGGGUCUGGACUCUGAAACCUGCGGUGCCUCCUUUUCCUUUGGGUGCUCAUGGAGUAUGUAUUAUAACGGGUGUAAAUUCGCUAGAAGUAAAGUACCAAGAAAAUUCAAACUCCUUGGUGAUGAUCCAAAAUCGGAAGAAAAGUUGGAAGCUAAUUUACAGCACUUAUCAACACUGAUGGCUCCAAUUUACAAGAAGCUUGCCCCUGAUGCCUAUCAUAACCAGAUUGAGCAUGAGCACAGAGCUCCAGAUUGCCGUCUUGGUUUGAAGGAAGGUCGACCAUUUUCUGGGGUUACUGCUUGCUUGGAUUUUUGCGCUCAUUCCCACCGGGACUUGCACAACAUGCAAAAUGGCAGCACACUGGUUUGCACUUUAACCAGAGAAGACAAUCGUGAAAAUGGAAAAAUUCCACAAGAUGAGCAACUGCAUGUCUUACCCCUUUAUAAAGUAUCCAAUGUGGAUGAGUUUGGCAGUUCUGAGAGUCAGGAAGAGAAGAAAAGAACUGGUGCUAUUCAAGUUCUCACAUCUUUCCGAAGGCAAGUGCGAAUGCUAGCUGAGCCUGUAAAAACUUGCCGGCAAAAGAAGUUGGAAAAACAAGAAGCCAAGAAAGCAGCAGCAGAGAAGUUAAAUGCCGCUUUAGAAAAUGGUCACAGCAAGAACGAAAAGGAGAAGUCCUCACGGCAUAAAAACGCACAUGUAGAAGCUUCUACGCAGGACAAACAGCAAGCAGAAUUUUCUCGAAUGCCAGCCUUGCAACAAAACACCCUUCUCAAUAUGAACCAUAGGAACUCUUUAAACCAUUAUCCAUCAUCCGCCCCUACAAAUCCUUACACACGAAUUCCUAAUCUGCCUGACCCAUAUCAGAAUAGUUUUUCUCCCUACCCUGGAUCAAGCCACAUGAAUAUUUUUCAAACCGCUGCAAGCUCAUCAGUAUCCUGUGCAAAUAGCCCUAUGAAUUCUUUUCAAGGAUCCUUUAAUCAAGGUAACUCUUGCCCCUCUUAUCCCAGUAAUGGAAAUGCCUCCUUGCACAACUGUCCCCCUUAUCUUGACUCUUCACAGCAACAAUCCAUGGAUUAUUACAAGUUUAAAAACCAAGAUUCAAUGGCUAAAUUAGGUGUGCCCCCAAUUCAAUCAUUGUACCAGCAGGGGUUUGCUAAUAAUCAGGCUUAUGGUAACAAAAUGUUUAGUUAUGGAAACCAAAGAGUGCAAGCUGAUGAUUUCAGUGGCUGUAAUGCUUAUCCAGCACCUCAGGCUGAUAUAAUGAAUCCAGCCACAAGUUCACGGCCUAUUACCAGUAAUCAAGACUUCUCUUCUGCGACUAAGAAUGGUGAAUAUCCUCUUCCACACUCCUUCCAGGGUCAUGAAAGCAACAUGUCAUCAAGUAUAUUGGGAGGCAGAGCUGGUUCUCUGCCAUUCCCUGGUAAACAGAGUGAAAUGCAUUCACGCACAGCAAAUGGAACAUCGGAAAUGCUUCCAGGUCUUAACCAUGAUAGAACUAAUUUUGGAGGCGCAGGCAGAACUAAUGGUGCUAAUGUUCAGGGAAAGCUACCGUACACCUUACCUCCUGUACCAGAAGAGCCUGCAGAAGUUUGGUCAGACAGUGAACAGAAUUUUCUUGAUCCUGAUAUAGGAGGUGUAGCAGUUUGCCCAACUCAUGGGUCAAUCUUGAUUGAAUGUGCAAAGCGUGAGCUCCACGCAACAACACCUUUAAAGAAUCCCAACAGAAAUCACCCUACCAGAAUAUCUUUGGUGUUCUACCAACACAAGAGCAUGAACGAGCCAAAGCAUGGCCUGGCAUUGUGGGAAGCAAAAAUGGCAGGCAAAGCCAGGGAAAAGGAAGAAGAUUGUGAAAGGUAUGGUCCAGAUUAUGUGGCUCCUAAAUCUUACAACAGGAAAGCAAAGCGGGAGCCUGUGGAGCCAAUACAUGAACCUGCUGAACCAACUUAUCUUCGUUUCAUCAAGUCACUUACGCAGAGGACGAUGUCAAUAACCACAGACUCUCAAGUCACUACAUCUCCAUAUGCCUUAACACGGGUUACAGGUCCUUAUAACAGAUAUAUAUAGUCUGCUGCGUUACCUCAUUUACAUCAAAUUGGGUGCACCAUAUUUACUUAGGUUAAUUCAUGUGGAUAUGUAGAAUGUGUAUAAGUAUUGCACAUAAAUGUGAUCCAUGGGAAAGAGUACCAGAAAAAAGUAUUCUUACCUAUUACGUUUCUAGUUUUUAAUUGUGCAGUCACAAAAUGCUCUGAAAACAAGAAUACAGUCAUCCUAUGCAAAAAGUGUUAAACAAAACACAGGUUCUACUGGAUGAAUUGUAAAAAGUUAAUUUACCUUCCUCCCACUUUUAUACAAAAAUCUGUAGAGCUAGGAGCCAGAAUCAAACUUACUGUAGUGUGUUAACAUCAGGAAUAUUACAAAUACCAUCUGGUGCUAAAUUCCUUUUGUUCAAUACUGGAAUUGUAUCCUUUUGACAUAUGAUAUAUAUAAUCUUAACGCUGACCUCCAAUGUGUUUCAGUAGUGUAGAUUUCAUAAAUCAAUGUCAACAAUAUAACACUGAAAUAUUUAGACAUUCUUUAAAAAGAUGGUGCUAUCAACUGUGUCUUUACAAUGUUUUAACACCGGGAAUAAGGUAUCCAGUUUUAAUGAAUAUACAUGAAUUCAAUCAGAUAUAAUUACAUUUUAUAAAUUAUUGGUUUUAUUUUAUUUAGGGGCCAUUCUGUUCUGUUUUAAUUCACACAAGUCACAAGUUUUAACACUUAGGAACAAAGCUAAGACGUUGAAAGCCUUUAACCUGCAUAACAUCUGUAUCCUGUAUAUAUUAUGUUUUCCAGGAAAACUACAAGGCAGGCAGAAGUUACCAUCUUUUCUCCAACACAUCGAAAUCUGUGGUUGGAAGUUUUAAAAAUUUGAAUAUAUAUUUAUGGAGAAUAGAUAUAUACUGCUUGAGAAACGAUGUUAGGGUCUUUUUAACUGCCGCAUCAGAUUCUUUAUGGGUACAGAUGCUAAAUGGUGUGAUUUUCCUGUGACUUAUAAUUCAGGCACAGUGGUGCACUACACAGGGGGAUACAUAAUAUAGCAGGGUUGAGGUGGAAGUAGCAGGUCAAGAGAAGUCUGAGUGCGACCACUUGUGCAGUCUCUAUUCUAAGGGUGCUUUUAUCUCCUUACGUGCAGCAAUCAUGUAUCUGCCUCCAGCAAGCUUUUUAUAAACCUACCCACAUACUAAUGCAGCAUAUUAUAUGUGCAUAACUGUCGCACAUAUGUGCACUGUGGUUGUAACAACCCCCAUUAAGCCUUAUUUUAUUGGUCAAAAAAUGAUGUUGGUUUUUAUACCUGAAAUUUAAAUUCUGUUCUUCUGUUGAUAGGCGAGUGAGAGCUUAAGGUCUACACCAAUACAUUUACAUUUUAGUAUAUUUGCUGUAAAAGGUAAUACAUUUCUUCCCUUUUUCGUCUAACUUUUCAUUUCUGAAUUUGUAAAAGCUAUUUUUUUAACUUGUCUAUGAUAUCCAAAUCCUAAUGAAAUUUGAUUUUUUAAAUGAGUUUUAAAUCAGGUGCCCAAAGUCCUAAUUUCUUUCUUCUCUUCAUUUUUUUGUGAACAUUUUUUUUAAUUAGAUCAGAAUAUAUAUGUAUAUUUUGUUUAGUGUAUUUUAUAUUUCUGUUUUUACAUAGUAGGUUUCUUUUUGCGUUUUAUUGAAGAUGUGAUAAAAACACAAUAGAAAACCACCUAAUUGCAAAAAUAAUGUUUCUGUAUCUUUCCCAGCUGUGACUGAAUAAGCCUUGUUAAUUUUAGGUUAUCAUGAAUUUUUAUUGGAAAAACACAAUUAUACCAAUUUAGGUUCAUUCAUAAUUUACAUAAGCAAAUUCAUAUCAUGUCAAAUGUUAUUCAGCCAGAUGGCCUACUGUAUUUGAAGGACAACUGCAUGAGUUGAGUUUUCUCAUAAGUAAAAGAAAUAUAAAGGGGUAUUUACUGAAUACCUUGCAGGCCUCUAUGCUCUGCAAUGGAGAAUAGCAGCAAUUCUUUAAAGCAGGAAGAUAGUGUGCAAAGUUCAAAAUAAUGGUUGCAUCUGGUUUUUGCACUUUGCAUACUGCCUUCCUUUUGAUCAAUGACCCCUGUAUUGUAGUGAUUGGCAAUUCAGCUUCCUUGUAAAAAAACAUUGAUACUUCAUAACAUUGUUUUAUUUCUUUCUAAAAAUACAACAUUUUUAGU